AUGUUGAAAAGGCGCAAGGUGACCAUUGCAUGCAUCCAGGAGACACGAUGGCGAGGGCAAAAAUCGUGUGAUAUUGGAAACGGGUACAAGCUCAGUUACUAUGGCACAUCCAAUAGCAAGGGAGUGGCCAUUGCCGUCAAUAUCGAGAUGCGCAACCACAUCGCGGAAGUACAGCGCCACUCGGACAGGCUCAUCUCUGCCGUCAUAGAUUGUGAGACCCGCCGUCUACAUGUAUUUUCGGCAUAUGCUCCACAAUGUGGCUGCAAAGACGAGGAGAAGGAGCAGUACUGGACAGACAAGACAAGAUCGCAACAGUUCCUGAGGCGAUUUUUCCCGUUGGGCGGCGACUUAACUGGACACGUUGGCAUCGGAAGACAUGAAAUGGGUUACGCUGCGCCAAGGGAACUACGGUACACCAAUUGUUUUCUGGCUCAGCCAACCCCUGAGCCAAGCCCCAAGUUGUCGAGCGAUUAUCCGAAGGAAAAGGUGCAGUCAAGCCCUAUUCAUCAAAAUGAACUGAAGGCCUACGCAGAAUGA